GGGGUUUGCAAGGCGCCAUAAGGUAGUAGCGCACUGACUGCUGCCCCUCAGCAACUGCCCUCCACUGUCUCACUUGCCCUCCCGCCCCAACUUCAGGCCCCGACUCACCACAACGAAUAUCACCAACGCGACAAAGACCCGGAUCCGGACUCGGCAUGACCGCACCAGAACCGCAAGUUUGACGUGCUGCUCGGUCGCCGCCAUGCUCACGCCGACAAUCGCCAACCGGUUCAGAUGGCUGUACGCCGUGGGCAACACGCCGGCCACCAACCUUGCCCGUAGCAUUCCUCACGGCGAAGACGCGGACAUCUUGACUCUCGGCUGCGGCGACCUCAGGAACAUCCUGUACACUGCCUAUGUUGAGAAAGGCCUUGGUAUGGCGAAUGAGCGCUGCUGAUGGACGAUUUCGAAUUUCAUUCUGACGCUCUGCGAAGCCCCUCGGAAGCUCGACUUUACGUGCUGCGAUUUUGACGAGAAAGUCAUUGGGAGAAACAUCAUCUUCUUGACAUUUGUUGUGGAUCGAAACGAAAAGGCCACGGAUGACUCGCUUUGGGACAUUUACUACCACCUCUUCCUGGACGACGCCACUUCGGAGCUCGUGCUCCAACAGACGCAAAAACUCACUCCGCUCCUCGAGUCUCUCGAUACGUGGAAGAAGGGUCCUUACCACCGCAUUUUGCGGUUCUGCGACAAGGACACGCUCGAUGACGUCCGGCGCGUCUGCCAUCGCGUCCUCGCGGCCUCGGAGGCUCGCCAUGGAGUCGCCCAUCGCAAGGCGUUUGUCAAGUGCUUGCAGGCCACAAAGGGCAUCCGCGAUCAAGUUGUAGGGGCUGGUGGCCAUAGCAUUACGGGCCUCCGCUCUGCAGCUCCCUUAUCGCUCAAGGCCGUGGACAGCAUCUCCCGGGCGAGCAUGCAGUACGCCAGAGAUGGCACGGUGACGCCGAGAUCCGACGGUGUAGACAUCCCGAACCCAAUGUUUGCCGGACUGCUCUCGGACACGGAGAUACUCCACUACGGAACGGACCCUGCCCUGGGAUACCAUCUUGCCACGGCCUAUGCGCCACUGGCCGCAGGCUCGCCGCUAAGACCUGAGGCCACAUACACCGCAUUCAAGGCGGCAGCGGCAGCAAAGGCCCAAUUCCGCGAAUGGUUGUCUGCUCUACGUUUGAUGGUGGAACACGGCGUCGUGUUUAGAUUUGUGGUGGCAGAGGUCUACGCCUUCUGCCACACUCUCCAAAACGUGGCUGCAUCCGGGCAGCCCUUGGCAAACUGGUAUCGACGACAGUGGGAUCUCAAGCGGCUCCGACUUGAUGACAGCGUAUACGGAGCUACCGGCGACGGCCCGACGAUCUUUGACGUGAUCGAUACUUCUAACCUAUCCGACCAUGUUGGGCCACUCAACCUCCUGGUUUCCACCGCACCUUUGCUGAAAGCCACGCCAUGGGCAACGCUCAAUACCGAGCUCAUGCUGAGCAAGCACAAGUCUCUAAAGGAGGCCUUGACCGGCAUCCUUGGUGGGCACGCACCUACAAUGUCUCUGCUGCUGGGUAUCAGCCCUGUUCAGUAUUGGACAAACGCCAAGUGCGAGUCGCACGUGGACGAGGUCUUUCUCGGACUCAUGACUGAACCGUCCCAGAGGGAUCGAGGCGAAACCCAGCUUCACAGCCGGCUUUCGUGGAAGCGAGAUGAUCAGUUCUCUGGCCAGACGCAUGGCCGCGGUCCGCUGCACAUGGAGGCAAAGACUCUCUCGAGGCUGCUUUUUCAUAUUUACCUGGACAUGUUUAAUGUCGAGGAGUAUGCGGGUGUCCACAAGAACGCGAACACGAGAAACGCAGUCUAUCCCAGUGUCCAUCGUGGGAGCUUUGCCGCCCUGCUGAAAGUGGUGAUGCAUCGCGUCAAGACGGACUGGUCCGCGGUGUGUUCUACGCUGCUCGACACCAUCGCCCAGGACCGCACCCUCAGCAUGUCAAGCAAUUAUAUGCAAGAGUUGGGUGUGCAGAUGUACAUCCAAGGUGUCAGUACCGAAUCCUGGCUGCUCAACGAAGCCAGCACUCUGCCAAGCACGGGCCCCCUACGUGGGUGGAAGAACAUCCCACUUGCCGUUGCCGUCACACUGGUGGUGCCCAGGCAGGCAUUCACGAGGCUGUUCGACCUGCCUCCAGAGGACAAGAUGGCGUCGCCUACGCUCGUCGCCUCACUACGAGCUGGACCUGCAUCCGCCAAUCAGUGGCACAACAUGUACGCUGACGUCCAUAUCACCUUUGGGAGCGUCACGACCAGCUCCAUGAGCGAGGACUCUCCCCUUAUCGUUGAGCAGGAUGAUCUUGGGUUCGCAGGCUCCUCGCCGUUGAUUGCUUCUUUCAUGGUGCCAACGGCAGUACUUCAAGUGGAGCCAACAACAGCGGACAUCGGUCUUGCUAUCCGGCCAUCGGGCCAGGCUGUGGGACUUUACGGCCCCAAACUAGGCUUGUCCAUGUCGGUCUUUGACACGACCCUUGGAGACUCGAAUAGAGUCUUUAUCUCGAGGUUCAUGCCUAACCAAGAAUCAGAUCGGGUGACGGGCGCUGGCGUCAAGCCGUUGGUGCUCACGGAAGAAGAGCCCGAGCAUCACACGGUCAAGAUGAUUGCAGAGAUUCCCGCAUCCGAAUCACGGAUUUCCACCAUCACCGGCCAUGUUGACAUCACGUCCGCCAAGGGGAAAAGUCUCUUACGAGACAAGAUCCAUAUCGAGCUGUUACAGGAUGACCCCUUCGUGAUCCGUGCAGUAUUUGGAGACUCAGAUCUGGUCUGCCCCCUGCGAUUCCCUGUGCCAGUUGUGAGGGAAGGGUGCAGGAGUCGCGUCGCUCGCACGUCGGGUUACUUGGAAGUGAUUGCGCCUCUGGCAAACCCCGUCGAUGCGGAUAUCCUGGCAGGCUUCAUCUUCCCGACACUGCUGUCCGCGUCAAGAUUGCCCGUGGCAUUGAACACGCCCCAUAUCAACCUGGACGGGCUGCCAAUCCUGGAUGUGAACGAGAAAGAGGAAAUGGGAUGGCUUACUACGUUAACGUCGAUGCAUUUCUCUGCUCGAGAAAAGCGUCUCCGCGAGUUGACGUUUGGAAAGAGCGGCAUUUCCGAGAACCCGCGGGUCAACUUCAAGGAGUCCGUCUUCACCAUGUUCAUGCUGGCGUCGGGUCUCCAGGGUGACCAGACUGGCAUGUUUGCCAUAAACCAUCCCGAGAGAGGUGGCAUACACAUGCUGAUCUUCGUGUCCGCGAUGCGAUUGGACGGCGACACGGCCUCGGUUGUGCUGGACGCCGCUGUCAUACCCUUCACAACAGAGAUGAUUACAUCGGGCAAGAUGGACGACUUUCUUCUGCUCCUCAGAACCUUGGAAUGUGGCACGAUUACCGUCAACGACGCAGAACUGGUCCUGUGGAAGAGAGUUCUUCCGUCGCUCGUCGAGAGGUGCCGGACCUGGGUCCAUUUGCCGAGCUGCGAAUAUAAAAAGGCCGGAGCAACAGUGCCUCUCAGCGUCAAACCGGCCGAGAAAUUUCUCUGCUCGUGCGGCAACGGCAAGUUACCAGAUGGCUUCCUCUCGCUGCCGGACUGGGACACUGCUGCCCCCAAUGCGGUACGGGUCGCAAUCAGCCCGACAUUUUGCGUGCCGUUUGUGGAGGAUAUCGUGGACGCGGCGGCGAUGGGCGCAGCGACGGCCCCAACGGCCGAGAAGGAGCGCUGUCGCAGCUGUGGUAGGACCGAGGGCAGAGACGGUGGCGCUUUGAAAAAGUGCAUGCGGUGCCAGGACGCCAAGUACUGCUCAGCCGAGUGCCAGAAGAAGGACUGGAAGAAGCAUCGUAUGGAGUGCAAAGAGUUGAGUGGCUAAUGGACAGCACAUGCUGUAUAAUGAGAUCUGUAUGGUAGGGUACUGUAACUGCCUGCAUGUAGAGAAAACGAACUUGGUCGUUAUCCCUGCUGCUGGGCUAGACAUGGCAAGGACAGGACUUACAGCCG